GCACCAUGUCCUACCUCUGCUCGCCCCGCUCCGGCUCGGCCCGGCCCCCGGCCGCCCCCGGCUCCUCCUCGCUCGACGUCGACUGCCUGAGCGGCAUCUGCCUGCCCAGCUCCUUCCAGACGGGCUCCUGGCUGCUGGACCACUGCGCCCGGGAGCCGGGCUGCGAGCCGCCCGCCUGCCCGCCGGCCUCCCGCGUGGCCAGCCCCGGGCGGGCCGCCUGCCCGCGCCAGCCCGCCUGCCUGGCCGCCCCCUGCUCCGCCGCCUGCAGCCGGCCACUCACCUUCGUGUCCAGCAGCGGCAAGCCGGCGGGCGGCUCCGCCGGGGGCCAGCCGGGCGCCCCCCGGGCCUACAAGCGGCCCUGCGUGUCCGGCUGCCGGAGGCCCUGCUGAGCCGCCGAGGAGCGAGCGAGCGAGACCGUGACCUGCCUGCCGCCCACCCUCCCGCUGCCUCG